UCAUCGUCACGUAUCGAGGAUUCGCGAUUCUACACAGCAUGGUCCUUCCUUACACACUGCACAAUUGAUUCGAAUUAUAUCUUCCUGUUGAACUCCUACUUAUUGUUCUUGUAUAGCAUUAGACCAGGUCUUUGAAUUCACAUUCGACCGUGAUCGCGCAUCUGGAUUCCCCAUACUACUCAAUAGAGGCGCAUCAACCUACUCUACGCUUCACUCCCCUUUCCCACCAGGUCCAAUAUCCUCCGCGCAACGUGGACAGCACACAACAUACACGAUGUCUCACGCGCCUCCGACUCCAGGCGAAGAGCCGGAGCCCACAUCUCCCGUCAUCGACUACUCGCCCGCGACCGUAACCUACGACGAGCGCUUCGAGAACAACUUGAUGCACGCAAUCCUCAAUCCCAGCGACACCCCGUCACGAACCUCUGGAUCGCCUCCUCUAAUCGACCCGACAACCUUGCCAGUCGCGCUUGAUUCCCCUUUGCGCACACAUCGCUCGCCAAUUCCAGGAGUCCUCCUGACGCACGCAAAUGGCUACCACACUGGCGGACCUGGACCCGCGGCCUCGAUCGUGAACGACUUCGCGGAGAAGUUUAUCAAGGAGAACGACAUUCAGGAUGUGGGGCAGCUGGAGCGCGUGGUGGAGGAGAAAAUCAAGGAUCUUAUGGAGGUUGCGACGGAGAGGAUGAGGGAGCGGGAAGAGGCUAUUCGCAAGAAUGAGGAGGUGGAGAAAGAGUUGAAGAAUCUGGAAAUUCAAAGGGACACUGAAAGGAGAGUCGAGGAGAAGUUUAAGAUUGAUAGGGCGAAGAGGAGGGGUGACAAAAUGGAAGAGGAUUGAACAUGAAAGGAUGCGCUGUUUCCUCUGUCGCGAGAGGGCCUGGACAUGGCUUGAUGCUUCGCUCGGUUAUGAAGAACGGUGAUGGUUCGUCUUGUCUUGUGCGCUUGUUCGAAUGGAUUCGUUCGUUAUACGAAGGACAGGGACAGACUGCCACACUCUCUCUGUGCGCCACUCGCCUCUGGGCAAAACAAAAUAUCGCCAACAGGCGUGGCGGGACAUAAAUUUGUCCAACCUUCCCCGCCGCAGCCCUUCGCUCUGUUGGAAAGAGCUAUCAUGCACGUCUCCCAGAACGUGCGUGAAGCACCGAAUGAGUUGAGGGGCUAAGUGCGCCCA